AUGGCUGACAUCAAGCCCCCUUUCACCGAAGAAUCGGCUCGGAAGAAGGUCAAGGCAGCUCAGAACCUAUGGAACACCAAGGAUCCCGUGCGAGUUGCACAGGCUUAUACGCCAACAUGUAUCUGGCGCAAUCGGACGUCAUUCUUCUCCGGAACAGAGGGAAUCGUUGAGUUCCUGACUGCGAAGUGGAAGAGGGAAGAGAAUUAUAAGCUCCGAAAGGAGUUGUUCUCCUUCACCGAUAACCGCAUUGCAGUGCAGUUUUGGUACGAGUAUCAAGAUAUUGAUGAUGGUCUGCGUUGGAAGCGGUGCUAUGGUCUUGAAGACUGGACCUUCGAUCGAGAGACUGGAAAGAUGUGUAAGAGAAUGAUGAGCGGCAAUGAUGUGCUCAUCGGACCUGAUGGAAAUGGAGAGGGAAGAUGGUUUGUGGAGGGAGUAGAUGUCGAAGACGUCGAAAUUGGAGAGGAACAUUGGUGA